CCGAAGCCGAAGCUUCCCCAGCUGCAGCUAACCAAACACCAACCCGCACGCAUCGACAUGGAGACUGCACAGCAGAUGCCCGCGCCGGGCAGUUUGAGCUGGAGGCUCAGCAGCCAUCCGAUCACGCUCCUCACGUUCCUAUUCUUCCGGGUUUCAAGCCUCCUAGUCUACCUCUUCGGCCUGCGCCUCUUCACCUCCAACUUCGUGCUGAUCUUCAUCAUCACGAUCCUACUACUCGCCACCGACUUCUACUACCUAAAGAACAUCGCGGGGCGGCGGCUCGUCGGGCUGCGCUGGUGGAACGAAGUCGACACCGCGAGUGGGGACAGCCGCUGGGUGUUUGAGAGCGCGGACCCGGAGACGCGCCAGAUCAACGCGACGGAUAAGCGCUUCUUCUGGAUCGCGCUGUAUGCGCAGCCCGUGCUGUGGAUUCUGCUCGCGGUCGUGGCGCUCGCGAGCUUGGAGUUUAUCUGGUUGACGCUGGUUGUUAUCGCACUCGUGCUCACCAUCACCAAUGCGCUCGCAUACUCGCGCUGCGAUAAGUUCAGCCACGCUACCGGCUUCGCCUCGAAUGCUAUGUACGGCUCCGGUCUCGCGAGGAAUCUGGCAAGCGGCAUGGUCAGCAAUUGGUUCAGGAGAUGAUCCCCUCUGGGGUCGCGGUUGACAACGGUUGGAGCGAAAAGCACAGGUAUCCUUGUAAGAGUACGCAUGCGGAUAAUGGGCAUGGAGGUCUUUGGCGUUUUGGAGGAAGGGGGAAUAUUAGACAGAUAUCCUUGGUUUCGAGAAUUUGCAACAGCCUUCAUACAGAAGCGCUUGCGUCACAUCGGAAUGCUUUAAUCUACGAUGGUCCUAUCUUGAGACAUGGUAUUUAUACAAUAGCCAGCUUGGCUACGUUUAGGGGAUAUUUCAGUAUCUACACAGUGAUCAUGACGCUAGCGUUCUUAUACCAGCUCAAC